CGGCGCGGGCGGGGCGCUGUGCAGGCUGCACCGCGGGACGGCGGGAGCGGCGGCGGGUCCAGGAAACCCCUGGGGCGGACGGGUGGCCCCGGGGGGGCCGGGGGCGGGGAGGCGGGCGGUCGGCACCGCCCGGGCCGACAAAAGUCCCUUCAGUUCAGCCGGCGGCAGGGGAAGUCCCGGCGCUCGGCGCAGCCACCCUCCCGUGCCGCCGAGCCCAGCCGCACUCCGGCCGCCCGCUCGGCCGCCGUCCCCGGCGGCCCCAUGCCCCGAUGCCCCGCGGGGACCAUGGACGAGGGGCCCGUGGACCUGCGUACCCGGCCCAAGGCCGCCGGACCCCCAGGCGCCGCGCUGCCGCUCCGCAAGCGCCCUCUGCGCGCGCCCUCCCCGGAGCCCGCCGCCCCCCGCGGCGCUGCGGGCCCCGUCGUCCCCCCGGAUCCCCUCCGCGGUGGCUCAGACACGCCAGCGGUGCCUGCGCCCCCCCACGGCCUGGCCCGGCCAGAAGCAAUUUACUACCAGGGACCUUUACUGUCCCUGUACCCCACCCCGACAAUGGGCUCCCCCUUUCCUCUGCUGAACCUGCCUACACCCCUGUACCCCAUGGUGUGCUCCAUGGAACACCCCCUGUCGGCUGACAUCGCCAUGGCCACCCAUGCGGAUGAGGACGGAGACACGCCACUCCACAUUGCGGUGGUGCAGGGCAAUCUGCCAGCUGUGCAUCGGCUAGUCAACCUCUUCCAGCAUGGCGGCCGGGAGCUGGAUAUCUACAACAACCUCCGGCAGACACCGCUACACCUGGCUGUGAUCACCACUUUGCCGUCUGUGGUCCGGCUCCUGGUGAUGGCCGGUGCCAGCCCCAUGGCACUGGACCGCCACGGCCAGACGGCAGCCCACCUAGCUUGCGAGCACCGCAGCCCGGCCUGCCUGCGGGCCCUGCUGGACAGCGCGGCCGGGGGCACCAUGGACCUGGAGGCCCGCAAUUACGACGGGCUCACCGCCCUGCACGUGGCCGUGAACACCGAGUGCCAAGAAGCGGUGCUGCUCUUGCUGGAGCACGGCGCGGACAUCGACGCGGUGGACAUUAAGAGUGGCCGCUCCCCACUCAUCCACGCCGUGGAAAACAACAGCCUUAGCAUGGUGCAGCUGCUGCUACAGCACGGCGCCAACGUGAACGCGCAGAUGUACUCGGGCAGCUCGGCGCUGCACUCGGCGUCAGGCCGCGGGCUCCUCCCGCUCGUGCGCACGCUGGUCCGCAGCGGCGCCGACAGCGGCCUCAAGAACUGCCACAACGACACGCCGCUCAUGGUGGCGCGCAGCCGCCGGGUCAUCGACAUCCUGAGAGGGAAGGCCACACGGCCUGCGCCUGCAUGCCAGCCAGAGCCCUCCCCUGACCGGAGUGCCACCACCUCCCCUGAGAGCAGCAGCCGCCUCAGCUCCAAUGGUCUUCUGUCCGCAUCACCACCCUCCUCGCCCUCCCAGUCUCCCCCCAAGGACCCCCCUGGAUUCCCCAUGGUUCCCCCCAAUUUUUUCCUUCCUGCCUCAUCUCCACCGACCUUCCUGCCCUAUGCUGGGGUCCUCCGAGCCCCUGGCCGGCCGGUGCCCCCCUCCCCAGCUCCAGGAGGUAGCUGAGAGGGAUGGGGGGGCAGAUCUCGGACUCAUGAGGAGGGACCUCACUGCCCUAUGGGGUCAGCCCUCCUGGAAACUGUGAAGAUCUCACUCUGCCCCCCCCCAAUCUUCUGGACCAGGAUUUGCACAGAGGCACAUAUGUUUACCCAUAACCGCCCCCCUCUUCUCAGCACGGAUAUUCCCCCAUCUCGUCCCCACCCCCAGCCCGGGACUCUUACCCUAUUAUUCUCAGGCACCAGUCUCCCAUGUGGAACGUCACCCAAUCGUCCAUUUCCUUCUCCUCUCCCAGAGCUGGUGGAACCAAGGAACGGCCCUCCCCUCUGGCCUUUACCCAGUUCAGUAAGGAGGGAGAGAUGGGCUGUAGCCAGGCACUGAUAUCAAUGUAAAUUAUUAGGCUUUUUGGUUGGAUUUCUUUUGUAAUAAACUAUUUUUGUACCAUA